CGUGGGUGGUGGGGGUGGGGAGGCGGCGGAAUAUUCCGGUGGUGGCGUUUUGGACCCAGGCGCCGUCGGUGUUCUCCGUGUUUCACAAUUUUGACCUCAUUGUUGCUCGCGGACAUUCCCCGGAAGACGCCUUACCGGGAAAAGAGGAAGAAAUUAUUGACUACGUGCCCGGGGUCUCACCAAUGCGCUUGACGGACCUGCCAAUCACUAAAUUCGACAGCACCUCAAAAAAUCCUCAAACCAACUCUUGAAGCCUUCUCUCUCCUAACCACAGCCCAGUCCAUUAUCUUCACUUCAUUCUAUGAACUCCAACCCAGUGCAAUAAACGCCCUAAGGUCCAAUCUCCCAAUACCCAUCUACACCAUUGGGCCUUCAAUCCCUUUCUUAUCACUAAAAACCUCUAUCAAUGAGGAGGGCUACAUGAAUUGGCUCAACUCUCAAUGUGAGGCUUCUGUUUUGUAUGUGUCACUGGGAAGCUUCUUGUCAACAUCAGAGGACCAAAUGAAGGAGCUUUCUCUGGGCCUACGAGCCAGUGGAACCCGAUACUUGUGGAUCGUUCGAGCUGAUCAGGAGUCGAGCUUUAGAGUAGGGUGUUGUGAGGAGAACGGUUUCAUGGUGCCUUGGUGCGACCAGUUGAGAGUUCUUUGUCAUCGUUCAAUCGGUGGAUUCUUGACUCAUUGCGGGUGGAAUUCGACCAUGGAAAGUAUUUUCGCUGGUGUUCCGAUGCUCACUUUCGCGUUGUGUUUGGAUCAGAUGCAUAACAGCAAGAUAAUAGUUGAGGACUUGGGAGUUGGAAUGACGUUGAAGGGAGUGGUUGGUUUGGAAAAUGUUAUUGGGAGAGAGGAAAUUGCAGAGACAGUGAAGCGGUUUAUGGACUUAGAUGGGAAGGAAAGCAAGGAAAUGAGAAGAAGAGCUAAAGAACUUCAAGAAAUUUGUCACAGGGCUAUUGACACCAGUGGAUCAACUGAAGCUAAUGUCACUGAUUUUGUUGAAAGCUUAUGUUGUGUAACAAGUUAAUCCAAAACCCUAAACUUUUUUGGAAGAGUGAGUUCGUAGGGCCUCCUCGAGUUUCACAUAGAUGGUCCGAGCCGUUCAUUUCAUAGAAAAUAAUUUUUCAAAUUGCCAUGUAAUAAUUCAGCUCAAUAAAUAUCACCCAAGUGCUAAGAAUUGUAAACUU